AUGACGGGCCCUACAACGAUUGAAGAAAAAAAAUGGGGCAAGCUGGGGAAAAUGAUGAAGCAGGAGGGCUAUGCUUGGGUUCAUCCCGUAGUGCUACUGCCAGGGUUUGUGAGUACCAGUCUGGAGGUGUGGGAAGCACAUCCCGAGUGUCAGAGCUACACACCGGUGGGAGCCCGUAUUUGGGGAGCCAUGAAUUUGGCCCAGAUGCUUCAACAUUUACGGAUCAGCCCCAAAUGCUGGAUCAAACACAUGCAACUGGAUCCCACCACGGGAUUAGACACAGAACACAUACGGGUGAGAAGUCUUGAAGGACUGUAUGGCGCCGCGACUAAAGGCCAGGCGUACUGGGUGUGGAAUCCGAUUGUGGAGAAUCUCAUUGCCGUGGGCUAUGACACAUCCAACAUGUACGUGGCCACGUCCGACUGGCGUCUCUCAUUUAGUAAUCUGGAGUACCGCGACGGCAUGAUGACCAAGAUGAAGAAUGCCAUAGAACUGUUUGUGAAACGCUACCAGCAGAAGGUGGUAGUUAUUUCCCACUCUAUGGGAUCGCAGCUGUUCGUCUUCUUCCUGAAAUGGGUUGAGAGUCCUGCAGGCGGCGAUGGAGGACCAGAUUGGGUGGCUAAACACAUACAUGCGAACGUCAAUAUCGCUGGUGCGAUGCUUGGUCUUCCCAAAGCCGCUGCUUCAAUGGCAAGUGGCGAAUUCUUGGACACGAGUCUGUUAGGUAGGAUAAGUGAUAUAGUGGAUAUGACCCCCUUCUCCCGCUUGCAACGAGUGAACACCUACAAGACUUGGGGCUCGCUCUUUAAUCUGUUGCCAAAGGGCGGCAACGCUCUGUGGGGAGACUCUGAUGCACCAGCACCCGACGACUACAGCUACACAGACGCGUGUGGUGGGUUUAUGCUCGGGAGUACUACCCCUCUGACUACAGACAAAACGCAUUCAGGCGAAGGCUUGCCAUCGCGAGUGAUGCCCAACGUGACCGUGGAUGAGAUGAUCACAGAGUUCCUACCAACACAGUUCCCAUCGAUGCAACACCAUCUCAGCAACCUGUCAUUCGGAUACAGUGUCACGCCAACAGACAACAAUGACGCAGUCUUUAAAUGGGCCAAUCCGCUGGAAGUGGCGCUACCAAAUGCGCCAGAGAUGACCAUGUACUCCAUCUAUGGUGAAGGGUCAUACACAGAGAGAUCCUACGCUUAUCAGGCACGCGACUACGAUGAGAGCUCUGAGGAUCUGAAGUACCAUAUCAACUUCACCAAGAGUUCGGGCCGGUGGACUGCCGGGGUGUGUCUGACCACACGCGGCGAUGGAACCGUCCCUCUGACAUCGCUGGGAUAUAUGAGCGCAACACAAUGGCGCAAACCCUCACACAAUCCGCAUGGCGUCAAGAUAGUCACCGUGGAGCUGCCCCACAAACCUCACACGCUCUAUCUGCGUGGUGGGGACUAUUCUUGCGGCCAUGUCGAUAUCAUGGGCAACAGAGACGUCAAUAGAAAAUUAUUAAACAUAGUGUCCGGGGGAGUGGAACAGGAAGCAUUCACGUCCAGCAUACGCGAAAUUGGUGACGUCAUUUACGACAGGCUACAGAAAUCUGUCGCAAAUCGAGCCGUCCCAAAUGAGUCCGAGAAGUUGCGCAAGAAGGCCCAGGCCGAUGAACGCGACCAUGCGAGGGCGGAGCAUAUCGAACUGAAGACCAACGACAUCAGAGAGGACUUAUGAGCGUUUACGAGAUGGCGCUGUGUAUGUAGGGGUGGACGAGACAAAACUCUAUGCAGGUCGUUCAGCACAGGAGAGAUCGGUUAAAAAAAUGAAUCAUCACUCCGAAUCUAUAAUUAGAUAAAAGCAGGGAUAUAUACUCUUCCUGAUAGGUAUGCCUAUUCGUUCAGUAGACAGCUAGGGGAACGACCACGCAGCACCUGUGAUUCGAAAGAAAAGGGCGCUGAGGUUGCAAUGCUAAACUCGAGCCGCCAGCAUUGCCUUUAGUUCCUAUACUCUACCGUAGUCGUCGCUUGUUGAUUUUGUCGAGUUGAACUAUUAUGUGACCGCCAAGGAACUACUACGGACAUUUCCUUGUACUCGAGUGCUGGCUCUCUAUAGUGUGAGUAGCGCACAAAUUUGAUUCAUCGCCGUUCGGUAUGGUAGCUGGUAAAUCGACCAGCUGCUAGUCACUUUAACCGCCAUAUGGUUCAAUUGACACAUGUCGGGGGACCAUCAUGGCUCUGCGAGUUUGAUGGAGAGAAAUGCUCUGGCAUGCACACAGCUGUUAUAUGUGCGUACACGCAAGCACAGAUGAGCAGUCAAAUGGGCGCAUAGACAUUCAGACAAAAACAGGGCACAGAACUGAAGAUCAAUAGAAGCUGGCCGAUCCCAGAAGAAAAAGGUGGGCAUGAAACAAGCGCCGGGGAAAUCGCUCGCAAUAUGGGAGAGUGUGAUAACAAGGACUGAUAUAGCAGCUUUCAGGGUUACAAAUUUUUGAUUACUUAAUUUCAGGGCGGCAAAGCACGACCUUGCUACUCUGAUUGGGUGCUUUCAAUCUGGUUGUGAGUUCCCACGAUAAUAGUCCUGUAUAUUUACGCUUCAUACGCCAUGUCUACAAAUUCAAUACCGAUCUGAAAUUUAGAUCUGGAAUUAGGAUAUGUUCUAUAUUAUCUAGUAUACCCGUGACUCACUUGAUCACAGUGCACAGGGAAGUAUCGAAAUGUCAGUGACUGCAAUCUUAUUUUACAUCCAGAAAUAUUUAAUACAACACUCCAUAUUGC